AUCUGAUUGCCACAUGGACAUCUGGGGUUAUUUACCAUAAUAGCAUCUUUUGGGUUAUCUUGUUUAAAGAUUUAGAAGGGGUUUGAAGCACUUAUGAAAAUAAAUAAACUUUUUGUAAAAUGCUUUCCUGUAAAUGGCUGCAGUCAAGUUUUGCUGCACGGAGUUCCUCCGAUUUACGAUAGAGGUCGCUGUUCGUAUGCUGUCUAAUGUAGCGUAGUUUGUCUGUACACUGCAGGCGUCAAUGCGAUUACAUAUUUGGCUAAAUAUUUCAUAUAACUUAAUCCAAUUAUAUAUAGCUGAGUUUAAUGACUGAAUAUUAUGUUAAGAAUAUUAUGUUUUGACCUAACCCCUGAAAAGAGAGGUCUCUGCAUAAUGGUAACACUAAAAUACAUUGAUACAUUUUUCCGUAGUGAUUUUCUUUAAAGGUUUCUGGGGAAUAUGUAAAUGUAUAAAGUUUUAAUGACUUGGUAGAUACGUAAUUCCCCGAAAUGUUCGUACAUUUGAGUUGGCAGCAGUCUUUAGGCUUCAACGCCGCUAUUCGUCGUGUUAUGAGGAUUUGUUCCUUUUAUUUUUAUCAUCUUUUUUAGAAUUACGGUUUAAAUACUUGUGAAAAGGCCUUUUUUUUUUUUUUUUUUUUAAACUUCUAUAGUUUUUUUAUUUUAUUAUUUAUUUUUUUUUUUUAUAAGUGCAUGAGAUGGCGCACUUGCAGUGUGGGUCUGGUGUAAUGGGUAUGGUCUUUCCACAUGAAGGAUGAGCUGUCAUAAAGUUAAAGUUGGUCCUGCAGCAGCAGAGAGUGAGAGACCAACAGUGAUUCAACCUCGGGUGCCUUGGGAAUCAUCACAGAUGUGGCACAACCGGAAACCCAUUUGAGAGACCAGAACCCACCAAGUAAUUUCUACAAUGAAAGUUUGAAAAUCCACAUUCAGAGGGAUGUGCUCACACAACUCCAACUGUACGGAAAAUAACUCAAAGAAUGUUAUGAGGCCUACUAUGCUUAGUCCUGCAGUUGCACAGAUGGAACAGUGUGGCUUUGUUAGCCACAGCAGUCAUGAUGAGUACUUUUUAAAUGGCCAUUUAAAUCAAGCAAUUCACAUGGAAGGUCUUAAGAUGUGCAGCCUGUCUGAGUACGCUGUGCCGGCAACAACAGAUGAUCUUGAUUUGGUCUGUUCCACAGAAAGAGCCAUUGGGUCGUAUAUGAAUGGAGUAAAGAGUGGAUCAUCCUACACUCUUUCAGUUGGAGAUAACCUAUCACAAGUUACUGAUACCUUGUCUUCCUCCUUAUUCUGCUCUUCCGUGACCACAACAUCUUUCAGUGCCUUCUCACCAUCCUUCUCCUCUCCUUCCUCCAACCUCUCAUCUGGCUCUUUGACAGAGUUGUAUCAGAACUCUCCAUCUCUUUCAACACUCUGUGGUCCACCUGAGGAACAACAUGAAUUUCUCUUCAGCUGUACACAGCAGCCGCAGGAAAAACCUCCAGAAGGGUGUCUGUUUCCAAAGUCUCCCAAACAGGAACCUGUUGCUGAAUUUCAGAUUUGUAACAAGAAGCUUCUACAGUUUGAAAACAAGGGGGAACUGCUUCAGUAUCUCUGCUCUGACUCAAAUGUAACCAAGGAACAAACCCAGCAAAUUAACGUUCACCAUAGUCAGACAGUACCAUCUCAGGAACUUCCUACACUGCAUCAAUGCAAGAAUGGGUUGGGACUGAGCAGGCUGCAUGGAAAUGAGGAAAUUAAUGGCCACCUGAAGGAUGAACAACCAUGUCGGUGGAGUGAUUGUAGGGCUACUUAUGGGCAGAAAGAAGAACUGGUGAGGCACAUAGAGAAGGUUCACAUAGAUCAGCGAAAAGGGGAGGACUUUACCUGCUUCUGGGCAGGGUGUGUCCGUCGGCACAAACCCUUCAAUGCUCGAUACAAGCUGCUUAUUCACAUGAGAGUCCAUUCUGGUGAGAAGCCCAACAAGUGCAUGUUUGAAGGCUGUAAUAAGGCGUUUUCCCGUCUGGAGAACCUAAAGAUACACCUACGUAGCCACACUGGCGAGAAGCCCUACAUAUGCCAGCAUCCCGGCUGUCUCAAAGCCUUCAGUAACUCCAGUGAUCGAGCCAAACAUCAGCGGACACACCUGGACACUCGGGUCUCAUGCCAGUCUCUAAAGCUCUGUAACAACCAGCCUGCGAGUGAUAUGUGUUACCUCAGCACACUUACAAAACCAUAUGCUUGUCAGCUCCCAGGGUGCACCAAACGCUACACGGACCCCAGCUCCUUGCGCAAACAUGUCAAGACCCACACCAGUAAAGCCCUGCAGGCUCAGGACAAGGGCCAGCUACAUAAUAAGGUGGAGCAGGAAGUUGUGGAUGUGUGCACUGGCCUGCAGCAUCUCCAUGGCUCUACUCCUUCAGUUCACAUCCCAUACCACAGGUGUUCCGGCUCCCUCAGUAAGAUUCAUCAAGAAAGCUUUACGGCAUACUCAGAGGAUGACGAAUCCUGCAGCAGAGUCUUAUCAGGAACCACCAAUAUGAGCGUGGAGCAAUCCACCAGACACUGCACCAUCAGCCCUCUCAACCAUCUUCCAAAUAACAAAAUCAAUCAGCUGAGGCCACUGCUUAACCCAGGACGCACAGCCAGGGAAUGGGAAUCACCCUGCUACAUGUCCUGUUCCUGUUGGGAUCCAUGACCACAGCCUCAGUCAGAUCCACUCUCUGUACACUCAGACGUGAGACACCUUUAGGCUAUUGCGCCUGAGAGCAGGUUAUGUGGAGGAAUGAUUUGAAAACUGGAGGGGACACAUUAAGACAUGGGUGAUUAAGGAAAUGGAAUUCUGGAUGAAGAUUCUCCGAUUACAACAGCACUGUGUGAGAAAAACUGUGCUUGGGCAAUAAUCCUCUCAAAGAUUCCUCAAGCAUCGAGUCAGAGAUAAGACUGUCUCCUUUAAUGACAGCUGUACUCUCGAAAGAGAAAUUCCCCAGCUUUGGCACUGAUGAUGACCUUCCACCCUUAUUUUUUUAUUCUAAAUAGACACUGUUGUUUGUGUUUAGUGUGGCUAGAGAAUGGGACUGAGAAGAGAUACUGUUUACAUUGAGUUUGUAACAUGACAGAAUUCUUAAAAUAAUAUGUUUGUUGUAUUUCUUAGCAACAUCGCAUUAUGUAACAUUUUGUCUUCUUUCUGAAAUAAAUCCAUGAGGAAAGAGAGCAUGCCACCGUUGCUUUUUGUUUCUUUUAUUUUGCUUUCUAGUUCAGUGUUAAUAUUGAAAAACCAAGAGCUAUUUGAAUGAACAUUCACAGAUUGUUUCACUGUGCAGGUUUAUGGAAGAGCUUGCAAAACCAUGAACUAUUACUGGUAGAAUGCUGCCACCUUGAGGUUAAAUUGAAUAUAACUCUUGAAAAUCUUGUCAUCUUUAAGAGCCAGCCCUUUUGGUGAUGAUAUUAUUCUAAAACUGAUUUUCAGCUUUUGAAGCAACAUUUUCUUCAUUUUUCAAAUUGUUUAGAAUAUGAUCAGAAUUUGUGGACUAUUCCUCAACAAUUUUAACAUGCAUUCCUUCUGGGUAACAAACCCAUUUUCAUCAUUUUGCAAGCACAUGAUGCAUAUAAGAUGGCAAUAACAUGGUUUAUUAUAAAGGGACGACUUUGAGUAAAGCGAUAGAAAGCUUUUUCUUGGUCACACUUCAUCCUGGUGGUCAUUUUGAUCAAAUUUUCCAACAUGGUGCAACAUGUGAAGGCUGCACACACACUAAGAAAUUUACUGUAAAAUUUACUGUAGGUUACUGGCAAUUUUUGUUGCCAGUAAGAUUGUAAAUAAACAAGAGAACUGUAAAUCAUUCAUUACAAUUGUAAUGUAAAAACACAUACUAGUACUGUAAAAUUACAGCAGAUAUGUGAGACUGAAGUAACAAGAUUAACUGUGAUUCUACAGUACUUCUGUGAUUUAGCAGUUCUGUGCUGUAGAAUUACAAUGAUUAACCAGUGAUGUGGGUACCCAGCAUGCAUUGCUGCAUAUGUUCAGUGUUUUUCCUUUUAUCUGAAAAUUAUUUUUGUUAAUUGUCACCAUUGAUGAGAUUUGAGAUCCCAAAUGUUGAUGUCAGCGGGUGACUAAUUGAUUCCAUUUACCAGAGUUGUUAUAUAUUAAAAAAUGAUGUGAUUUGCCUCCAAAACAAUUCUCAGUAUUAAUAAUUCUGUUACCUA